CAAUUCUUGUGCCGCGAAUGAUAUUCUUGUAUUCAGUGACCUAACUUCUACCAGAUACAACAGUUUGUUUCCCCAAUUUACUGUUACCGGAUACUAAAGCCAACACUAAAUUAGUUCUAUCUAAUGUCAAUGUCAGAAAUGACAAUAUCAUGAAUUACAUAUUAAUUAAUAUUUAAUAGCCAGCAGGUUAGAUUAGGUUUACGCCAGAAAAGGGAAAAAAACAUACUUUGUGUCUUCUUUACCACUACGAGUACUGAAUACUGGAUAUGGUACUAAAUGGGUUCGACCAGUAUUUUCUGUUUACUUAUUAAUAAUUAUGUCGGACUCUCCUCAAGAAUCACAACAGUCGACGAGCUGUUCCGAGGUCGAGAACCCGCAAUCUCAGCCAUCAACGAGUCAUCAAUUUGAAUUUGUCGAAACUCCCAAGUGGUCUUACGUUAAAGAUGUAAAGAAAAAGUGGAAUGUUGUCAAAGUUUUCCGAAUGCUUGGCACUCGGGAGCAAGCUAUUGUUUUCGCUGAGGAGAACUGCAUGAUCCCAAAAUCAAAAAUGUGUAAUUAUCAUAAAAAAGCUAUGACAAUUGUAUAUACAUCUAAUAAAACAGUGGGCUCUUUUACUUGCCAUAAAUGCGCACAUGCAUGCAGGAGUAGAGCUAAAGUGAGCCGAGCUAAAGGAACUUGGUUUGAUAACGUAAAAAUGACCAUGUCCCAAAUAUUCUAUUUGAUGUAUGCAUAUGCAAAUAAAUGGAGCUAUAGUAUGACUAUAAAAGAGGACUUCACAGAUGACAAACAUUGCCUAUCAAAACCUACCGUCUGUGACUGGUUUAAAUAUUGUAGGGAAACUGUUAUCCUAUACCAACUUGAGAAACAGACUUUCUUUGGAAAGAUUGGGGGCCCUGGAAAGAUAGUUCAAAUCGAUGAGACCAAGUUUGCGAAAAGAAAAUAUAACAAAGGUCGCCACAUUGAAGGUCAGUGGGUGCUGGGAAUGAUAGAAGAUGGGAGUGAGGAUCUUCGAUUAGAAGUUUGCCCAAAUAAUAUCAGGACUGCAGAAGUUCUGGUGCCCUUAAUACAGAAACAUGUGGCUGAGGGUACCACCAUUCAUAUUAAUGUUGGGGAAGCAUAUGACACCUUAAAAGAUCAUAAUUAUAUUCUCAAGAAAAUGACUGAUAAUUUUCCUGCAAAUCCCUUAUGCAUGCACACACAGAAAAUAGAGGCACAAUGGCGUGUGGUUAAGCAAUUCUUUUCAAAAGAUCUUUACAAUAGAGAAAAUUUAGCUGAUUUUAUUAUUGAGUAUUUAUGGAGACGUUAUAUUAUAAUAAAUAAAUGUGAUCCUUUUGAGGAGUUAAUUAAAGCUGUAAAAUAUGUCUAUAAAUAA